GGUGUGUUGCUGCAGAAGAUUCUUGCCUAGAUGAAGCAUCUGACACCCCUCACCCUUCUUGCCUGUGGCUCUUUUAACCCCAUAACAAACAUGCAUAUGCGUCUUUUUGAACUAGCAAGAGAUCACCUUCAUCAAACAGGAAAGUACCGAGUGAUUGGAGGUAUAAUUUCACCAGUUAAUGAUGACUAUGGAAAGCAAGGUUUGGCAGCAGCAAAGCAUCGCGUAGCCAUGGCUCAACUUGCACUGGAGACCUCCGACUGGAUCAGAGUGGACCCUUGGGAGAGUGAGCAAAGGCAAUGGAGUGAGACUGUAGUGGUUCUCAGGCACCAUUACAAAGAACUGCUUAAAUCACACCAUAUCAAGGAACUGCCCGGAGAAAACAAUUGGCCCAUAGAAAAGGCUGCCGGAGCAUCGUUUUCUUCAUCACUCACAGUUGUCCCCGAGUUAAAACUUCUGUGCGGAGCUGAUGUUCUGAAGACGUUUCAAACACCUAACCUCUGGAAGGAAGAACACAUUUUAGAAAUAGUGGGGAAAUUUGGGUUGGUUUGUAUUAGCCGCGUUGGCAGCUAUCCUUCUCAGUUUAUCUCUCAGUCAGCACUUUUAAACAGGUACCAGCACAAUAUCCACUUGGUUAGAGAGUGGGUUCAAAAUGAAAUCAGUGCCACAAACGUAAGGCAUGCCUUGCGCAAAGGGCAAAGUGUGAAAUACCUCAUUCCAGAUUCUGUUAUUUCCUAUAUUAAGCAAUACAAUAUAUACACGGAUGAGACUGAACAAAGGAAUGAAGGGGAUUUGCUGCAGCCUCUUAAGCGAUAUUGUUCUGUCGUCAGCCCUCUUAAUGACUGAUGGUAAUAUGGGGCUUGUCCUCACUUCCCCUUAUCCUGUGCCUAGAAAUC